GUCAUCAGUAGUUCUGCAUCAGGUUUUCCAUUUUGGUUUCUAGCGAAGUCUAAAAAAAGUCCGCAGUACUGGGUCAGAGUCUGAAUUCUUGUGGUUUUGCCGUAUCCUGUCCUAGCUAGAAAAUGGACGAUCAUCAGCAGAAUAUAAUCGUCAAAGUGAAGAGCAUGGAGGACGGUGGUAGUAUCCUGUUCCGAAUCAACACAGCCACGCCGUUGCGGAAGCUGAUACUAGCGUACUGUGAAUGGAAAGAGCUGGUGGCCGACGAUAUUCGUCUCGUACACAAAGGCCUCCAACUGGAACGUGACAGGACCCCUGAGCAGUAUAAGAUAAAGGACGGAUCUGUUAUCUAUGCAUUGUUGACUUUGAGAGGAUCUUAAUGCAAGCGCCCAGGGAGGACUGCGUACUACGAUGUGAUUUGCUCUUCAACCGUCCUUCUGUUCUUCAUUUUUCGUUAUAUCUCGGAUCUACCUGUCUAUUGUGUUUACUUACUUACGUUCGAUGUUAUUGUUAUUAUGAGCUACCGUACUUUGUUUCUUCCAAAACAUCUAUCUUACUCCAAACAGAACCGUCACAGAGAGAGGAAGGUUGUGGAAACCUCGAAUUUUUAAACGACUCUAAACGUUAUUCUCACUGCAAGAAAAUUGUUCUUUCAUC